UAGUAUCCCCCCACCACCACAUACUGGGGCCCCGCCUUCUCGCUCCGGAAUGGCUUCACAAAGGAUUUGCCGACGUUUGGGAAUUCCGCCUAUAGCUCCUUUUUUACCGACACUUGUGCGCUGGAAUCGGCCCAGGAUGACCAAGGAUCCCACCCAUCUCGGUUAAUUUGACAACACAAAGGACUUCGCCGAACCCAAAAGAAACCGCCUACUAUUCCAAAUAAGGGUCGUCUCUCCAUGUACGGCAAACAAUCGGCUGGACUGCCCUUUUCUCUUCCGUAUCCCGUUUAUAUGAUCGGGGAGACUGUGCUGCAAGUUACAGCGGUGCAAUCAUGGCGGAGCGAGUCCAGCAGCCCCCGGCCAAGCGACUCUGCUGCAGGCCCGGCUACAACCCGGCAUGCAGACAGGGGCAGCGGGCUGGAGGAGUACUGUGUGGCGGUCCGGGGUCCGCUCCAGGGGGAUCGGGAAAAACACACAACCCCGAAUCGCUGCUAGACAUAGCGGCGCGGAGAGUCGCGGAGAAGUGGCCCUUCCAACGGGUGGAGGAACGGUUCGAACGUAUUCCAGAACCCGUCCAGAGAAGGAUCGUGUACUGGUCCUUUCCGAGGAGCGAAAAGGAGAUCUGCAUGUAUUCUUCGUUCAACGCAGGAGGAGAAGAGAGUGGAACUAGCGGGGAAAAUCAUGAAGAGACUCAGCUGCCUUUCCUACGGGGUGUCACUCUGCUGGAGGGCGGCUGGGUGGACAACGUACUGCAAGUCGGGUUUCAUCUGAGUGGUACGGUAACAGACCCGGCCACGUCCUCUCAGCCUGAGAUAAUCUGCAGCGUGAGCGUCAGCUUCGACCGCUGUAAGAUCACUGCAGUAACCUGUAGCUGCGGCAACAAGGACAUCUUCUACUGCGCCCACGUUGUAGCGCUGGCCCUGUACCGCGUACGGAAGCCCGAUCAGGUCAAACUGCACCUGCCCAUCUCAGAGACGCUGUUCCAGAUGAGCCGAGAUCAGCUGCAGAAGUUUGUCCAGUACCUGAUAUCAGUGCAUCAUACGGAGGUGUUGCCCACCGCACAGAAACUGGCUGAUGAGAUACUGUCAACUAACUCCGAGAUCAACCAGGUCCACGGGGCCCCGGAUCCCACGGCAGGAGCCAGUGUAGAUGAUGAGAACUGUUGGCACUUGGAUGAGGAGCAGGUCCAGGAGCAGGUGAAACUCUUCCUCUCUCAGGGAGGAUACCACGGCUCUGGGAAACAACUCAACCUGCUGUUCAGUAAGGUGAGGGAGAUGCUUCGUAUGCGUGACUCCAACGGUGCCAGGAUGUUAACACUGAUCACAGAACAGUUCAUGGCCGACCCUCGCCUGGCACUGUGGAGACAGCAGGGCACCACCAUGACCGACAAGUACAGACAGCUCUGGGAUGAACUAGGUGCUCUGUGGAUGUGCAUCGUGCUAAACCCCCACUGUAAGACGGAGCAGAAGUGUUGGUGGCUAAAACAGCUGAGGAGGUGGAACAGCGUGGACGUGUGUCCCUGGGAGGACGGUAACCAUGGCAACGAUCUGCCCAACCUCACCCACUCCCUGCCUCAGGGUGCCCAUGGCAACCAAGAGUUGCGUCCCCACAGGACGGUGUUCACGCGGGCCAUCGAGGCGUGUGACCUCCAUUGGCAGGACCGUCACCUGCAGCACAUUAUCGCCAGUGGCCUCUACGCCAACUAUUGUUACCACGACAACCAGGACGGCUCGCUCUUCGACACACGCGGAUGGCCCAUGUGGCACGAACACGUUCCGACGGCGUGUGCUCGGGUGGACGCCCUGCGUUCCCAUGGUUACCCCCGUGAAGCGCUGCGAUUGGCCAUUGCCGUGGUAAAUACACUACGGCGGCAGCAGCAGAGGCAGCUGGAGCAUUUCCGCAGACAUAAGAAAGAGCUGCUCCAUAAAGGUAUCACCUCCAUAACCAACAUGGAGGGCUGGGUGGGUCACCCUCUGGAUCCCAUCGGCACCCUGUUCAGCACCCUCACUGAGACGGGACGGGGGGCAGAGGAGGGGGCCAACACAUGCCUUGACCUUUCAGACUGUUCCAGCGUGGUGAGUCAUGCGGAGCUGCAGCGGUUUCCAGUGCAGCGUUUGCUAGGCGAGGGGGAAUCGUACGUGGCGCUGGCCGUAGAGACUGCUCUGAUUGGCUUAGGCCAGCAGAGGGUGAUGCCUGACGGGCUGUAUGCCCAGGAGAAGGUGUGUCGCAACGAAGAGCAGCUAUUAGCCAAGCUGCAGGAAGUGGAGCUGGAUGACAUGCUGGUCAAGAUCUUCCGCAAGCAAGCCGUCUUCCUGUUAGAGAGUGGGCCGUACAGCGGCCACGGAGAGAUUGUCCACAGAGAGAGUGUUCCCAUGCACACCUUCACCCGCUACCUCUUCACCUCUCUCCUACCUCACGACGCUGAACUGGCGUACAAGAUUGCACUCAGAGCCAUGCGGUUGCCUGUGUUGGAGUCCACAGCCUCGUCAGGUGACCUGUCGCGACCCCAUCACAUGGUGUCUGUGGUCCCUAACCGUUACCCUCGCUGGUUCACACUCACCCACAUAGAGUCCCAGCAGUGUGAACUGGCCUCCACCAUGCUGACUGCAGCCAAAGGUGAUAGUCGUAAGCUGGAGACUGUACUAGAGUCCAUCCAGAAGAACAUCCAUUCCUCAUCUCACAUCUUUAAACUGGGCCAGGAUGCCUUCAAGAUCGCUACUCUGAUGGACAGCCUGCCAGACAUCACACUGCUCAAAGUCUCACUGGAGCUGGGGCUGCAGGUGAUGAGGAUAACCCUGUCUACGUUGAACUGGAGGAGGAGGGAGAUGGUACGGUGGUUAGUUACCUGUGCCACUGAAGUAGGGGUGUAUGCGUUGGACAGCAUCAUGCAGAGUUGGUUCACCCUCUUCACCCCGACCGAGGCCACCAGCAUCGUGGCCACCACCGUCAUGUCCAACACCACCAUCGUCCGGCUGCACCUGGACUGUCACCAGCAGGAGAACCUGGCCUCCUCUGCCCGGACCCUGGCCCUGCAGUGUGCCAUGAAGGACCCCCAGAACUGUGCCCUCUCCGCCCUCACGCUCUGCGAGAAGGACCACAUAGCCUUCGAGACGGCCUACCAGAUCGUUCUGGACGCGGCCGCCACGGGGAUGAGCUACACACAGCUGUUCACGAUAGCCAGGUACAUGGAGCACAGGGGGUACCCUAUGAGGGCGUACAAGCUAGCCACGCUAGCCAUGGCUCAUCUAAACCUCAGCUACAACCAGGAUACCCACCCAGCCAUCAACGACGUGCUGUGGGCCUGCGCUCUGAGUCACUCGCUGGGAAAGAACGAGCUGGCCGCCGUCAUCCCCCUGGUGGUGAAGAGUGUGAAGUGUGCCACGGUGCUGUCGGAUAUUUUGCGGCGGUGCACACUGACUACGCCGGGGCUGGUGUCAGCACUGCACAGCCGUAGGAACUCUGGGAAGCUGAUGUCACUGGACAAAGCUCCUCUCAGGCAGCUGCUGGAUGCUACCAUCGGGGCCUACAUCAACACCACGCACUCUCGCCUCACGCACAUCAGCCCACGCCACUACAGCGAGUUCAUAGAGUUCCUGGGGAAGACCCGGGAGACGUUCCUCAUGGCCCAAGAUGGACACAUCCAGUUCACACAGUUCAUAGACAACCUCAAACAGAUCUAUAAGGGAAAGAAGAAACUCAUGAUGCUGGUGAGGGAGAGGUUCGGCUGACCAGGGUCGGCCCCUAGGGACAGGUUCGGCUGACCAGGGUCGGCACCUAGGGACAGGUUCGGCUGACCAGGGUCGGCCCCUAGGGACAGGUUCGGCUGACCAGGGUCGGCCCCUAGGGACAGGUUCGGCUGACCGGGGUCGGCCCCUAGGGACAGGUUCGGCUGACCGGGGUCGGCCCCUAGGGACAGGUUCGGCUGACCGGGGUCGGCCCCUAGGGACAGGUUCGGCUGACCGGGGUCGGCCCCUAGGGACAGGUUCGGCUGACCGGGGUCGGCCCCUAGGGACAGGUUCGGCUGACCGGGGUCGGCCCCUAGGGACAGGUUCGGCUGACCGGGUCGGCCCCUAGGGACAGG